UGUAGAAAAACAUAAAAUGUGGUGAACACGUAAAAUUAUAAUUUAGGUUAUUAUUAGCUGUUAUUUCAAUCUUUUAUUGUAAAUUAUCCAUAGUCCGCAUUACGUUCGUUGUUGUGUUUCAUCAUGGAUUUAGAAGAUCGAGAACUGGCCGUGUUAGAGGAACGCUUAUACUCUUCUAUUCACCACUCUUAUGCCGAAGAUCCAAAGAUUCCAGAUCCAGCGCCAGUUCCUUCCCAGCCUUUGCGCAUUGUUUCACGCACUUCGGUUAUUAACAAUGCACAGGGGACGCUACCAGCUAACAUGAAUCGGUAUUGGGUCGGUUCUUCUAUUUCCAGCGCCGGCGAACGCGCAGCGUACCCUAAAAACAUACCAACCAUUGCUGAUCCGAAACAUGCCCCACCGGAGAGAAAUACUCUAGAAAGCAACAAAGAGGUUGCAAGCAAUGAGGCGAAAAGGAUGUUUUUGGCACCGUAUCAAUCGUUGCUUGCAAAUAUGGAUGAUAAAGUUAGCGAAAACCAACCAUCGGUGCCAGAGGUGAUAGCCGGCCAAAAGGGCACUGAUCCAGAGCGAACAGCGGUACCCAAAGCUGCACCGAAGGAUCCAAGAUUGCAGCUGAAGAAGAAGAAACAAACCAAACAGAAAGCGCAGUAUGUAGAGAAAAAACUGGAAAGCUUGUUGAAGCUCAUUAACAAGGAUAGAAAGCAAAAUGCGAUGCAAACGUUCGAGUCAAAGAAGGCGAAAGCGCACAAAGUACGGCAACACAAACGGGCACCAGUUGUUGUGGCUGAAAUAACGCUGAAUUCAUCCGACGAAGAUUCACAGUCAACGACAAAAAAUAAUAAAUCCACCAUGCUCUCAGUGUCGGAUGGUGAAGGCGAUGAGGUCAUUAUCAUACCAACGCCACCUCCGCCACAAAUUUGUAUCGAUUGCAGUGACGAAGAGGAAACACCAACGAUCCAGUUCGCAUUGCCGAAAUCGAAGAAAGGAGGCAAAACCAAGGGACACACCAUCGUCGCCAGCUCACCCCGUUGCGGCAGUCCAUCGAACAGUUCGAUUAUGUCGGAUGAUUUUAUCGGUCAGCAUGAUCGAUCUAGGUUGAAUGAUAGUUUUACCGGAAGCAUACCCAGUGAUGAUGAGCUGGAAUGUUCGAAGGAAGGAAAGUCCGGUAAAGCGAAAGAUGCAGCUGAAGUACGACCGGGUAGAAUUCCAUCCAUCUCAUCGGAGGAUACGGUGUGUACCAGUGGCGAUACCACCGAUCAUGAAAAGCAUCCACCAGAGACAGGCAAAGGAAUCACCAUGUCCAAAUCUCCAUCACAGGUGAAUAGUUCCGGUAAUACAACGAAUUCAAAAAGUAGAAAAGAAAAUGCUGCUACCUCUAAAAAGACUCCUUCGAAACAGAAGUCUUCAAAAAUGAGUACAUCCACUCCUACUACCGCGGCAGCAAUGUCUCCAAGCUCCGUUUCAAAGCGCAAUGCAAACAAUAAUGCUAAUUCCGGAGCCAUAGCGAACACUUCCAAAACACCGGGUAAAUCGAAGGCUAGAUCCAAAUCUCCUGUGACUCUAGCGAUCGAGAUGGUUCGCAAGAAGUUCGAAGCACAGCAGGCUCUUGAGGAUUCUGCUAAAAAAGCGAAAGCUAAAAAGGAUGCUCCAACGUUAAAAGUAACCCGAUCCAUUUCAAAAUCGAUCACGCAAGCCUCCUCUGGUACUACAGUGAAAAAGUCAACCAAACGUAACAAAAACGGCCUUGCUUCCAAGAACAGUGCAGGGACAAAAUCCAAAACAAAAAAGAUUCCCCCCAUCGAUGAGAAUGUGUCCUCGGAAAGCGAUAUCGAUAUUUGCUCUAAAAUCAACAGCAGCAAUACAUCACAGGGGAGACGAUCAGCGUCCUUCAUUGAACAGAUCGAUGACGUAUCGUCCGAAAGUGAUUACGAUGAUAGCUUUUUGCAAUCGAAGAAAAUGGAGGAAAACCAAACGGUUGAGAAGGAACCGAAGAAACGAAUCGGUCGCAAACGAAAGCAGUACAAUUCGGAAACUUACUCCGAUGAAGAUUUUGCCUGUGCGCUCACGGACAUUGUACGAGCUCUAUCAGAUACAGACGAUGAGGACGACGAUACUGAAGCUGUUGCUUUUACAAAUAAUGAAUCUAAUUCAAGAACAGCAGCAGAAAAUACGGUCGUAGUACAACCAAAAUCAUCUGCUAAGCAAGAUCAUAUUCCGAAGAAAAAAAGAAAAGUUAAGCAUGUAGCACCAGAACCUGAGAACAUAGUAGUGGUUGACCGCCCAAUGCGUCCGGUCAACAACAAAACAAACUUGCAGCAGCAAACGGAACAACCAGAAUUGGGGGCGAAGAAGAAGAAAAAAUCGAAAGAACCUAAAUCAAACGUGAACGCUACCGCGUCCAUUGAUAGCACCUCCUCAAACAUUCAGAUGCAUCUGUCCGAGAAAGUACACUGUCCUUCUAAUGCCAUGCAACAAACUCAGGCUAUGGAGAGAAAGGGAAGAUCAGCUGCUGUAGCCAACGUACAACCACCACAGUCUCUUCAGCAAAUCAUGUUUGAUUCUAACGCUGAAGACGUACAAAUGUAUGAAGACAUCCAGUGUCAUGUCGUUCCUGGCACAUCCGGUGAGAGCUCUAAGAAAAAUGUACCCAUUGGACCAGACUGUGCGUGGAACGAGGAAAUGAAACAAUUCUACAACACGUCGUGGACUGACGAAGACUUUAAUUUGGAUGUAGUUUUGAGCAGAAUGCCAUACGAUAGCAGACAUUGGUCGAUCCUACAUAAAGAUCGUUAUCCCGAUCCACCUAAGAGGGAUAUCAUUUGCAGCAGGUGUGGUGAUCGUGGCCAUAUGCAAUUCAAAUGCCGCAAUGCGCCGAAACAGCCGAGUUGCUUUAUGUGUGGUGAAACAGGACACAAGGAACCACGCUGUCCAAAAACGAUCUGCCUAAACUGUGGAGCCAAGACGCGUAGCUUUGUACGGGGAUGUAAUUCGUGUGCCCGCGAUGCUGGUAUGAUAUGUUUUUCCUGCGGGACACGUGGCCAUCAACAGCGUAGCUGUCCAGAUCUCUGGCGGCGAUAUCACAGUACGAUCGAAGAUAAUGUACCACUGCGGGAGGAUUAUCAGCAGAAUAACAACGCUCGGUGGUGCUCAAUCUGUGGCAAAGUUGGUCACCAGGCAAGCGUGUGCAAUGACGCCCGACGAAUCUUUAGCCAUGAGAUACCAAACAUGAAGGUCAGCUCGUACAUGCCGGCCUACCGGGGAGAAUAUAAUCGAGGCAAUAAGCAUCGUAAUGACGAGCAAGAGAGAAGGUUGGCAACGGAUCCGACUGCCCGGUACAAUCUGUUCAGCACCGACGCUAAUGGGUGUGAGUUCAAUUUGCCCGAGCUAGCACACAACGAGAAUGGGUUCUACUAUAGUUUUCUCAAAGCAACUGGACUGUUGGAAAAGUAUGAACGGGGGGCUAGAAACGAUUUCGAGGACACUGUAAUGCAACAACCUCAGGCGCUUUUACAACCGGCAGCAGAAGCACCAUCAUUGGAAUCUACUCGUUCAGAACCUCCUGUUUCGUACAUGGACGAAACCACCAUCCUGCCACCACCACCACAAACGGUUCAUGUCGCCGAACUGUACGAACAAGAACCCAUCAACAGCGCAACAAGCGAAGUUCCCGUGGCAGAGGAAAACUCGAACUAUAGUUUUUCAGAAUUUCAUACCGAUGAAAUUCAAAUGGAUGAUGUUCAGCAGAAUGUGAACGUAAAGCCUCCACCAUCGGACAACCCUGUCCCGAUGGACUGCAACAACAGGAAUCAACUGAUGCUCUCUGACUUUAUUCCUCUCACAAUUGAUCCGGGAGAAACGCUUCUACCAGUACCAUUGCCAGAGCCACAAACACAACCCGCACUACCAGCCCCUGCAGUAGCGGCUGCAGCAGUAGCACCACCGGCAGAAGCACUAGUAACAGGCCUCCCCGUAAGUAGUGUAACUGAUUCUAUAGUAAAGCCCCAGAAGGAAGAAAAGGUGGACGAAGAUGCGAAAGUGCUGCUCACACCGGAACGUGCUACGUUGCUGUUGUCUGCGCAAGGGAGCCAAUUUCUGAAGGAAAGCGGCAAGAAACAUAGCGUACAGCUUAGCAUUAUGUUCGAAACGGUCGGCAAUGUGCUGCACAUCACUGGCACGAUUGAAGCACAACAGAAAUUUCACGAGGAGUUGGUCAGCUACCUAACCCAAACGGAACACUUCCAUAGUAACCAGAAAUACUUCCAAGCGUUCUCACCGAAGCUCUCGAACAAAAUGACACGCUACAUUGCGCUGUUUCUUCGAGGGUUAGUACACGACCCAAAAAGUAUAAGCGAACUAUUGAAGAAGCUGCGCAAUGCACAGAGCGAUGAAAGUAAGGAAAAAAUCCGACGCCGGUUAAACGUACAACUCUUCGGUGUUUGGGGUUUGCGCGAAGGUCGAAAGCAUCUGAACAGAUUGCGCCACCAGCUGGCGUUGUGCAUGAAGGCGAACCCCUGGAAGAGUGAGCUUCCGCAGGAACGGCGCACCAUGGUGGAUGACUCCAUUCGCUACAUCUUUUCGGCAUACGAUCACAAAACCUAUGGUCAGUUUGUGAGAGAAUAUGAGGAACUGAAACAGGCAAACAAGCUGAAGAAAAUCACGUACAAUGAUUUGGGCAUUCCCCGGAUAAUAACGCGACCGAAAACGCAGCAGGAGGAGCAGAACAAGAAAAAGGUACAGGAAGAAAGAAAAAAAAGACAGGAAGAAAAGAAGAAAGAAAAAGCUAAAUUGUUGCAGCAAAAGGUAGCUGAACGAAUAGCGCGGGGACCAUCGCCUGUUGAUAAACAGUAUGCUCACUUCAUAAAAAAAGCCACCAGGCCGAUUGACCCGAAUCGGCUCAAUCAGCUCGACAACGCAACGCGAAACGUGCAAACUGCUCAGGGUAUAGAAAAUGUGGCACAAACACAACAGCAGCCGCGCAAUUCCCGACGUGCUAACAAUCGUGCUCGGCAGCGUGGGAAACCUUCACCAAGUACGAAUCACUGGUACGGUUGGCCGGAAACCGGAAACAACGGGCAAUCAAGCUACUCGGCCGAUUUAUCACAGCUGGCCGAAAGGGCUUUCACAUUGCGUGAGGAGGAGAUGAGUCUGCUGCAAACGCUACAGGAUUUGUUACGGUGAGAAGUGGUGUGUACAGCUUUCGUGGAUAUAGUACCGCGAAAGUGUUGUUCAUCCAUUUCGUGAGCUGUGUUGAAAAUACAACAACUCAUGGGAAUUACUACGAAUAACAAUAAGUACGAAAAAAAAACAGAGAAUGUGUAUGUUUGUACUCCUGAAUAAAGAUUGAUGACAAAUG